CUCAUAAUUUGUUUUUAACAGCAAAGAUGAUGGCAUUGGCAACAGUGUUGGAUGGCUCAAGGGUGGCAGGAUGUUAUUGCCGGAGUUAUGUAAGGGACGCUAGAAUGCCAUGCCCAAAAGCCUUUGCUUUCUCAAGGCUGUCAAAAGGUUUCUCGCACAAGUCCUUGAUGUCGCCCACGCCAUUUCUUGGGGUUGGCUGUAUCAUCAAGAAAAGGGGUAUUAAUGUUGUGUCACCAGACGUGUCAACACAGAAUUUGGCUCCGGAAUUUCUUUGCGCAAGCGAUGAUGAAUACGAUGGAAUUGUUGUUGACCCAGAAAGCUUACCUUCCAGUGCAAAUGCAUUUGUGUCUGCUCUUCGUGCUUCUCUGUGCAAUUGGAAACUGCAGGGGAAGAAGGGAGUGUGGCUCAAGAUACUAGCACAGCAAGCUGAUCUUGUACCAAUAGCAAUUCGGGAAGGUUUUUCAUACCACCAUGCUGAACCAAGCUACGUAAUGUUAACAUACUGGAUUCCUGAUGAGCCAUGCAUGCUUCCUGCUACUCCUUCGCAUCAAAUUGGCGUGGCAGGAUUCGUGAUGAAUGACAAAAGAGAGGUCCUUGCGGUUAAAGAAAAAUGUCCAUGCAGUUGCUCCGGAUUGUGGAAGCUGCCCACUGGUUAUAUCAAUAAGUCUGAAGAUAUAUUCUCAGGGGCUAUAAGAGAAGUGAAGGAAGAAACCGGUGUUGACACAAUUUUUCUGGAAAUGGUUGCUUUUCGACACGCUCACCUUGUAGCUUUUGAGAAGUCAGAUAUACUCUUCAUGUGCAUGCUGAAGCCAGUGUCCUCUGCAAUCACCAUUGAUGAAAAGGAGCUUCAAGCUGCGAAGUGGAUGCCCAUUGAUGAAUUUGUGGAGCAGCCAUUUUAUCUGGAAGACCAAAUGUCCAGAAAAGUCAUCGACAUCUGCAUUAAAGCGCACGAAGAUCAGUACAAGGGAUUUAUUGCUCGUCAAUUGAACUCUAAAUUAGAUGGAAAAUUAUCAUACUUGUAUUACAAUGAACUUAACAAUAUUUCGCCUAUUGUUAUGUAAGCUUUAAUCUGUUACAAAAAUAAAAAUUAAAACUAUAAUAACAAUACUUCGGACUUUGAAUU